GGCGCGGCGCUUGGCCAAGCGCUCCAGCAUGGGCAGCCGGCGGCUGAGCGCGGCGGCGCCGCAGGUGGACGCGGUCCGGCCCCCCAAACCCGAGAGCGCCUGGAGGCCGCCCCGGCGGGAGGGCUCCGCUGCAGCGCUGGAAGAAGAGGACGAAGACGAGGACGUUGUGGUUGAGGUGGAGGAGGAAGAGGAGGAGGAGGAGGGCGGCCUGGGGAGCGCCCCCCCGGCGUUGGCCGGCCACGGCAAGGGCCCCCUCCGGGGGAGCUUUAAGGCAGCCAACAUCAAGCGUGAAAUGACCUUCCAUGCAUUUCAACAGGAGGAUGUAAAAAGUGACAUCAGUCGAAAACUGCCAGACCAACAGUUUCUCCUGUUCACCACAAAGGAGGAAGAUUUAAAAACAGCAGAGACCAAAAAACUUAACAGAGCUCAUGAGUAUGAAAAAGAAAACACUCGUUCUGUUUGUCUUCUGGAACAGAAGCGCAAGGUUGUUUCUUCAAAUAUUGAUGUGCCUCCAGCAAGGAAAUCUUUGGAAGAGCUGGACAUGGAUAAAGUAACAGCAGCCAUGGUACUCACCAGUUUGUCCACCAGCCCUUUGGUCCGCAGCCCUCCUGUCCGACCCAACGAAUCCCUGAAUGGAUCUUGGAAAGAAGGAGGAUUUGUGCCUUCUAGUACCAGCAGCAGCGGAUACUGGAGCUGGAACGCUCCCAGUGACCAGUCCAACCCAUCCACCCCAUCUCCACCUCUGUCAGCUGAUAGCUUCAAAGCUUUUCGGACACCUUCCCAGCCAGAUGAUGGUAUUGAUGAAGGUGAAACAAGCAACCUUCUGUUCGAUGAACCCAUUCCUAGGAAGAGAAAGAACUCCAUGAAGGUGAUGUUCAAAUGCCUGUGGAAGAACUGUGGGAAGGUACUGAGCACAGCUGCAGGGAUUCAGAAGCACAUACGGACCAUUCACCUUGGACGUGUAGGAGAGUCUGACUACAGUGAUGGAGAGGAGGAUUUUUACUAUACAGAAAUCAGGCUCAACACGGACUCAGUAGCUGAUGGCUUAAGCAGUCUUUCCCCAGUCUCUCCAUCUUUAGCAUCUCCUCCUUCCUUUCCCACCCAAGACGCAAUCCGUCCUGAAACAUCCUGUGCCAAAACCGAGACUAAAGUGAUGACACCUCUGAGCCGCUCAGCUCCUACCAACCUCUACCUCGUACACACGGACCAUGCUUACCAGGCCACUCCUCCGGUGAACAUUCCAGGGUCAGCAAAAUUCACUCCCAAUGGCAGUAGCUUUAGCAUCUCUUGGCAGUCGCCUCCAGUUACCUUCACCGGCAUUCCAGAAGAAAGACCAAAAAAGUAGAAGUAAUAAGAAUAUCCUUGCUUUAGACUAAAGCAAGCACGGACUCAACAACAAAGAUUUUGUUUAUAUGCAAACUGUUUAGAUAUUUCAUACCAGUAUGAAGGCAGUCAUAGUCUUAUGUAUCCAGAGAUUUGCACUCAUCUAGGUUAUGUUAAUUAAAAGUAUUUUUGUGGUAUGUAUUUGUAUUUGAGGGGCCAAGUCUUUAAUUUUAUAUUCUUCACAAGAAUUAGUGUGGUGAUUUUGUUUUUCCAUUUGCUGAGCUACCUGCCCAUGCUAGUUGUUCAUUUGCAUAAAGAAUAUUUCCACUACUUCAGAGGUUUUUGGGUGGUUGUUUUCAAAGGGAACCUGCCCCAGAGGGUUCCACAGGAUUGUCCAGCAUGAGUGGGAGGCUCUCUGGAGCAGCAGGUCACCCUUACCAGGAUGUGGCCUGUCACUGCAACAGACACACAUGGAUUCACUUGCCUGCAAUCUGCAACUGCCCUGUGGGCCUGGGGUAGCUCUAGCUGCAGUCCCUCAAAUCAAAGCUCUGACUGACCCUGUCAGUCCUUUGCUGUCACUUAUAUCACAAAGUUAACUUUUUACAACGAGGAAGAGCUUCCAACUCUGGCACUGAUGGAAAUACUGAAUACUUUUAAUAUAUAUAUAUAUAUAUUUGGAAAGUAUUUGAAAAGUGUUUUGUCUUUUUUUAUACAACUUUUAGCCAAAUAGAAAAAUUCUGAUUAUUACUUCUGUGGAUACUGUCCACCUGUAAAUAAACUCAUAUAUUCAGGUACAUGAACCUGAAGAAAAAAAUAAUAAAGACUGUUCAGGGGCUAUGCGCUUUGCUAGCUCCUGGUUCCUUUGUACAUAAGAGGUAACUGUUUAAAUGUUGGGUCGGGGGUUUUUUUAAUUUACUUGUUGUUCCUCUAAAGAAAGAAGAAGAAAAAAAACUUUUGACUUCGUUUUCUCUUUUCUGAGUUAAUACAAAGAUUUUCUAACUUUUUACUGCAGAAAUGGAUAAAUACCUGGUGCUAAGUGAAUGUGAGUCAAACUGGCCAUUGCAGACACACCAGUUAGAAUGCACUUUUCCUGUGGCACACAAUGUAUUUUCUCAGAAGGGACCUUCAAAGGACUGUCAGAUGUUUACAUUUCUUCUUGUUGCCCCAGAUAGUUUUGAAUAUUCAAAUAGCUUCCAAAAAUAAAGUCAUGGUCCAUAACUGAUGCGACAAAUCCUUACAUUUAAGUAUCCACAACAGCUUUGUACAAAUACCAUUUUAGAGAUAGUUGAAAUAUUGGGCUUUCAUACUUUGUAAUGCUUUGAUGUGACAAUAAAUAUGCUGUUGCUAUCUAGUCUAACUUCAUUGUAGACCUGUAACUCCCUGUUUCUGGUUAUGUCAUGAAUUGCACUGGCUUGAAUUCAGCCAAAUACUGACUGUUCAGCUGAAAUAUUCCGACUGUUAUGAUGUCCACAAAACAUUAAUUAAAUGCACUUGUAUCUGACUACCAUGGAGUAUGUCAAAUUAUUCAUGUAAUAAAUCCCUUGUGUAUAACUUUU